AUGCGUCUCACACACAUCCUCCUCUUGGCGCUCCCAGUCAUUGCUUCCACUCUGGGAGACUUCGAAUGGGACGAAGAAGAAGAGGAGACCGUCACACUUACAUUUACCUCCACGAGUACGAAAUACGUCUUUGUUUACCGCACGGAUGUGAUCAACGUACACAUGACCGCCUCCUUCACCACCAGCAUCGUCCCCAGUCAAACCGCAGCCGCCAGUGACAGCAGUGCCACUUCAGCUUCCCCUUCCAGUGCUCAACCCUCCCUCCCCAAAGAGACUGUCCAAGACAUCUAUGUCGACUCAGAUCAGAUCGUUCUCGGUCGACCUUCGAAGCAAUAA